AUGAUAAAGAUAUGUAUUCUAGCAGAUGCAAUAAAUUCCUGUGAUCAGAAUCUGAACCGAUGCUGUGAAAUAAUAGAGUUAAACUCUGAGAUUCAAGGGCAGCUCUUCACAAUCCUCAAUGAAACAUCUCGAGAAGGUGGGCAUUAUGCAGGUGUGGAAACAAUAAAAACUCGUCUCCUACCAUGGCUAGCGACUUGUUUUUCCCGUGCUACUUCAGGAAGGCUCUCUGAAACCAACCUCUCUCUCACUCAGGAUUCAACUGAGGAAGAGAGGCAGCUGAAAGAGCUGGCCAGCAAUCAGACUUUUCAACUUCAAGAGCUGCAGGAAGAACUGACUUCAACUCGUCUACAGCUUGACCAUGUGGAACAAGAUCUGAAGACUUCCCGUGCUCAAGAGGAGGACGCCCUGAGGAAGUUAGAUCGUCUGAAUGAUUAUGAGCAGCAGAUUCAAAUACUGCGGGAUGAGAUUUCUAUCCUGGAUGCCCAAAAGUCUGUUCUGCAGAGCAGGCUUGCACGGAGCUGCUCUCCUUUCCCAAGGCACAGGGAGAACAAGUCAUCACCCCCGAGGAGCUGCUCACCUGGCCGAGCCAGGCGUACAAAUGCUUCACGUCGCGCCUGCUUGAUAGCUCGUUUUGGUGACAUUUAUGCUCAGGAACGCUUGGAUGCAGAGACCCUUUUGAGGACGUAUGUCAGUGACAUGGAAAUGGUACAGAGGAUAAUAUACAUUGCAGCUGUGGAGUCUUUUCAUGCAGCAAAGAUGGCCUACAGGCAGCUCAAAAUACGUGUAAGAGAUACUCUGUCUCUAGGUCACUCGGGGCCCGAGUCACUUGAAGACACUGUCCUGGAUUAUAUAGUUCGUCAUGAGGAUCUGUAUGAUGUUCAAGCCAGUGUCAAUGAAGUAAUUCGCUCCAUGAACAUCAACCCAAAGAUUUCAUUUCCACCAGAAAUUGAUUUCAUUGUAAUCAGCACUUUGAUUCGAGAGUUGUGCCGUAUGGCUUUUUCAAUGCAGACACUCACUCCUCCUCUCGAUAUUGCCUUUGGUACUGAUAGAGAACUUUUCAGUGAGACCAAGUACCAUCGUAGUUUUGACUCUGAUUUCACAGCUGUCUUGGUGGCCUAUCAUGUAUGGCCUGCUCUGAUGGAAAAUGAUAAUGUAAUUGUGAAGGGAGAGGCAGUCACAAAAAGAGGAACUCUGUGGUCUCGCAGAAGUAGAACUAGAAGCAGAAGCCCCAGCCGUAGCACCAGUCCACUUCUAUCUCAUCAUUUGUCUCGAAGCCGCAGCCUCUCACCACUCAGGCGCAUAAGACCAAGGCAUUAACUGAACAUGUUCCUGUUGUGAUUCAGUACAUCCGGAUCCAAUGACUUCACUGGUGCCUUUUCAAGAAUACCUCAAAUCUUGCAAUAAUGUGAAUGGCAACUGUCACUCCAAAUGGCGUUUAUGUUCAGUGUGGCUUUUAGAAUUAUAGAAAGCUUAUUUAUAAUUUUAGAAACUAAUUUAACCCUUCUGAUUUAGAAAAAAAAAGUGGAUACAAUACAGGAUCAUACUCAUUUGGCAAAAUUUGCAGAGCACUGAGGAAUUCAUGCUGUAAUCCUGCAGGUGGAGAUGGAAUGAUUGCAUGUAGAAUUUUUUCCACAGAUACCAAACGAUACAGUUUAUCUUGAUAGGAUGUUUCAUAUAACCUAAAUGGCAAAUAUUGCAGAAUGUUGAGGUUAGCUGUUACUUAAAAACAAUUUCAUUAAUUGGUGCUUAUUUACAAUUCUAGAAAAUGUCAAUAAUCUUAGGAUGUGCCAGUCUCACACAGCAUCAUUUUAAAUAUGACCUUGUGGUAAACUGAAUUUUCUAACUACAAUGCUGAAGUUGCACAGAACAGUCAUAAACUACCAAUACUCCAGCAACCUCCAGGACUUCAUUGACAUUUAUCUGUGAAAGCAUGGGUAUGUGCUUUAGCAAGACAGUAAUAGUCCUUGUUAAAUACAGUUACUUAGAAAUGAAUAUAAUGAAAAUUUGUAGUUUGGAACUUAGAGUAUUUUGAAAGCGUACCACUGACUAUUUGUAGGCUUGAAAUAUUUACUUCAGGUGGCCUAUUUGGUAUCACUUUUAGUGGGCCUUCAUACUAGACUGGUAGAUUAGUAAUUCUUGUGAAUACAGUGAAAAAAACCUGUCCAGUUAUCUCCUACAGUGGGCGUUAUUACAUUUUAAGUGUAAAAAUUAGAGACCUGAAGAGAUUUUAUUCUGGAACUUAUAGUUUGUUCGCCUUGUAGAUAUUUAUUUAAUAUCAGCAUUUCUGUCUUUGAGAGGACUGAUGAUGUCUUUCUCUCAGAACCUCAUCUGUAAGGCCAGCCUUAAAUAGAAGCCACACAAGUGACAGCUUGGGGCCUUGUGCUUUUACAUAGAUACA